AGAACUGGUGUCUAACAGUGAAAUCGUAUCGCUGUUUUUUCUACAUCCAAGACUGUCACUGUUAAAUCACAGUCGAUAAUAACUUUAAUAGAAUUAUAGCGACCAGAGACAAAUAUUUUUUGUCAAGAAUUGAGUACCACCUACGCCUGCGUAAGUGGAUUUUUGAGAGUCUAAAGAGGACGUACAUCUAAUCUCAUCUGUGGUGUGGUGCCAGAUAGUUUAUGGAGGUGGACGUGCAGCAAUACACAUCCUUAAGAUGGAUAUACUGGAGUUCCAAGUAAUUUAUUGGAUAGUUGGUAUGUUGAUCUCAAGAGUCGAUUCCAUCACUAAAGAAGAUCGUUAUAACUUAUAUACUGAACUAUUUGUUGACAGUUUUUAUAAUCCCAAUCUCCGGCCUGUUGAAAGCGAUGCAGAUCCUUUAGAGGUAUGGGUAACCUUCUCCCUGAUUUCCAUCAGCGAGGUACGGGAAAAAGAUCAAACACUGGUGGGAUUUGGUUACAUAGGUCUUAAAUGGGCGGACACUUUCUUGGGUUGGAAUUCAACUAGAUAUAAUGGAUUGGAAGACAUGGUUGUGCCACAAGUGCAGGUAUGGAGACCCGAUGUUGUUAUUGGAAAUAUGGUGGAGAAGACCACCAUGCUAGGAUUUGAUGAGAUGCCGAUUCGACUCAUCAACACCGGUCAUAUUAUGUGGUUCCCAAAUAUCCUAUUCCAAACAGCAUGUGAUAUAAACCUGCGAUAUUAUCCUUUCGACACUCAAGUUUGCACAAUUCAAUUAAAUCCGCUGGUAUCAGUGAUUGGCGAAAUAGAACUGCGCCUUGCGUUUGGCCACAAUCCUUUGGCCGAGUAUGGGCCAAAUGGACAAUGGGAGCUUAUAAAACUUUUUUUGGAGGAGACGAACGAUCAGUACAAAUCUAUAUUAAAAUUUGGACUGACUUUAAAACGUCGUAGGUCGUUCUACAUCAUGAACGUCGUUUUGCCAAUUAUUUUUUUGUCUUUCAUGGGAAUCUUAGUAUUUGCUUUGCCGGCAGAAUCUGGUGAGAAGAUGUCCUUAACUAUCACCAUUCUUUUGGCUUACAUUGUUUAUCUGACCAUCAUUAGUGAGAACAUGCCUCAAACAUCGAUUCACAUUUCAUUGCUUGCGGUUUACCUGACAAUUCUUGUGGCGCUUAGUGCUAUAUCUGUAAUCAUUACAACAUUAGUGUUACGACUUCAUCACACAGAUGAUUCAAUCCCUGUUUCCAGAGGAAUUGGAAAAGUAACCAAUUUUUUUCGGGGUCGCCGUCGUCGUUCUUCGAAAAUCGUAAACACCCAAAAUGCGGUUGUAACUCCAUCCAGCACAGAAAGUAUUGACGGUAGUCAAGAUUCCGAUGAUAAUGUGACUUGGAAAGAUGUAGCCAGGUCGUUGGAUGUUAUUUUCUUCUGGCUAUAUCUAUUGAUAACAGGUUUAUCAACAGUUGUACUUUUACUGCUUAUGCUUACAUAGAGGCGUGGUAGAUAAUGUCAUGGCAGGUGUUUGCUGUUAUUCAUAUUUAAUGUGCAGUUAAUAUUUCAAUUAUUCAUAUUUUUCUAUUGUUGAUGCUCUAAAUAUUCAUAUUUAUUCUAUUGUUGAUGCUCUAAUUGUUCAUAUUUAAUCUAUAGUUGUUGUAGUCAUUGUAAUCACCAUGUCAUAGCCGAAGUAUUCUUUAAAAUCUGUGACAAUCUGUGUACUUAGGUUUUUAACCAUGGUAUUAAAUGAUUUCUAAUUAUGUAGGGGGGUUGGAUGGCUGAAUGGUUAGCGUGCGCGCGCUGUAUCAUAAAGUCUGUCAUUGAGUCGACUGGCGUGGUUUCGAAUCCCCGGUUGUACGUGACAAGGAGUAGGGUCGCCUGUCCAACCUCGUGGGUUUUCUCCGGGUCCUCCGGUUUCCUCCCACUGCUAAAGACCCCUAUGCGCAAGCGAAUUAUUGAAAUAAAAUUAAACCAUAUGUUAGUCCUGAAAUGACCUAGUUUGUGUCGAGUGGACGUUAA